UCUCCGGUCAAUCCAUUCUAGUCCUUGCUCUUGGUAUUGAAAACUUAAUAUUCUAUAAUGACGAAAUUUCAAAUUUCGCUUUUCAUAAUAAUCAUCAUCUCGGCUAUAGUGAAUGGUGCCAAUAUUCUAAUCCUGUCCGGAGUUCCAUCACCCAGUCAUUCAAUAUGGCUCCGCCCGUUGAUGAACGGUUUGGCAAAGAGAGGUCAUAACGUUACUGUUGUAAGUCCGGACAUUGAGAAGAAUCCGCCGAGGAACGUAACCUACGUCCAUCUGGAGAACAUUUACGAUGAAAUGUACAACACCAGUACUCGCCAAAUGUUGAAUUUUUUCGAGAUGCAUAAAAGUCCCAUGCCUAUGCUUCGCUUGUUGGAUGAAUUCACUAUAAUCUGCUGUAAGGCGGGAAUUAGAUCGAAAGGAUUCAAGCAGCUUAUGAGUUAUCCAGACAACUUCAAGUUUGAUCUUUUCAUGAGUGACUACAUGUUCGGACCGUGCUUUGCAUCGCUCCUAAUGUACCGUUUCGGGAAUCCACCUUAUAUUCCGGUGGCGCCGUACAAUGCAUUAGCUACAUCAUCACCUCUGAUCGGAUCGUAUGCCUAUUCUGGGUCUAUUCCAAAUCAUUCAUAUGACGUCCCAGAAGCAAUGAAUUUUUGGCAACGUCUGCAUAACUGGUUCUACGAUUUAUAUGAAAUAAUUUUGAAGGAUGUCUACCUGUAUCCAGAAUCCGAUGUCAUACUUAGGCAAGUCUUCCCGAAUGCUCCGACUACAAAGGACCUUCAGAGCAGUAUCAGAUUGCUGUUUAUCAAUAAUAAUCCUGUGAUACAAUAUAAGGAGCCACAGAUGCCAAACGUUAUUCCAGUCGGUGGAAUGCAGAUUCAAAAAGCAAAACCAUUGCCAGACGAUUUGGAGCGUAUAGUGAGUCGUGCGAAAAAUGGAUUUAUUCUCUUUUCUCUGGGAUCAAAUGCCAGGAGUGAUACAUUGGGUCCUGACCGAAUCCAAGAGAUCCUUACUGCCAUGAAAGCGCUGCCACAAUAUCAGUUCAUAUGGAAAUUUGAAUCAGACGAAUCAAAGUUACCUAUGAAAGUUCCGGAUAAUGUGUUCAUACGAGCCUGGAUGCCUCAGAAUGAUCUGUUGGCGCACCCUAAUAUAAAGCUAUUCAUCACACAUAGUGGUCUUCUAAGCACACAGGAGGCCAUCUGGAAUGGAGUUCCGAUCAUUGGUUUUCCCCUUUUCGCCGAUCAGUUUCGCAACAUAAACUACUGUGUAUCUGUUGGAGCUGCGAAGAAGCUCAUGGUUCAGUAUCUGCAAGCCAAAGAUCUUAUCGAUGCCAUCAAAGAUAUUCUCGGUACCCGCAGUUACAGUGACAAUAUGAAACGCUUGUCUCGAUUGUUUCGCGAUCAGCCAGAAAGUCCAUUGGAGCGUGCUAUUUGGUGGGUUGAAUGGGUUCUGCGAAAUCCGGACAGCGAAAUGCUUCAGCCAAGUGCUGUGAAUGUGCACUGGUUCAAGAAGUACAUGUAUGACGUUGUGCUGUUUGUAUUGAUCUCAGUUAUUUUUAUGGCCUGCGUUAUUUUAACAAUAAUUAAUAAAAUGCUUCCCCUUCUACACCAGAAUGUGAAAGUGAAGCAAAGUUAAGUUG